ACUUUUGGCAUCCGAGCACCUGCAGCUCGGCACAUAGACAAAACAAAUGUCAGUGAACAGGACUUUUUUCUAGCGGUUUUAUUCCUUUUUUAAACAGUUUCUUUCCAGAUAGAAAAGUCAUGAACACUCUGAACCAACAGUAUGAGGAGAAGGUGCGUCCCUGCAUCGACCUCAUCGACUCUCUUCGCUCUCUGCGAGUAGAGAAGGACUUGUCGCUGCCAGCUAUCGCCGUGAUUGGAGACCAAAGCUCGGGGAAGAGCUCCGUGUUGGAGGCGCUGUCAGGGGUGGCUCUGCCAAGAGGAAGUGGCAUAGUGACAAGAUGUCCUCUCGAACUGAAGAUGAAGCGAAGGCGAGAAGGAGAGGAGUGGUAUGGAAAGAUAAGCUACCAGGACUGUGAGAAAGAGAUAGAAGACCCCGCAGAUGUGGAUAAAAAGAUUAGAGAAGCUCAGGAUGAAAUGGCCGGGGUCGGGGUGGGGAUCAGUGAUGACCUCAUCAGUCUGGAGAUCGCGUCUCCUGAUGUUCCAGACCUGACGCUCAUUGACCUGCCCAGCAUCGCCAGGGUGGCUGUAAAGGGACAACCAGAGAACAUUGGAGACCAGAUAAAGAGACUGAUCCAGAAGUUCAUCAAAAGACAAGAAACCAUCAGCUUGGUGGUUGUUCCAUGCAACGUGGACAUAGCAACCACAGAGGCUUUGAAGAUGGCACAGGAGGUGGAUCCUGAUGGGGAGAGGACUCUGGUUAUCUUGACCAAGCCCGACCUGGUAGACAAAGGCACAGAAGAGGCAGUGGUUGAUAUUGUCCAUAACAAGGUCAUCCACCUGAAGAAAGGCUACAUGAUUGUCCGGUGCAGGGGUCAGAAGGACAUCACAGACAAGGUGUCUCUGACCGAAGCAAUAGAAAGAGAGAAAGCCUUCUUCAGCGAUCAUCUGCAUUUCCAGACUCUCUAUGAUGAAGGCCAUGCCACUGUACCUAAACUGGCAGAAAAACUCACACUGACGCUGGUGCAUCACAUUAAGACAUCUCUGCCUCGACUGGAAGAGCAGAUAGAGGAGAAGCUAGAACAGACUCAAGCAGAGCUGGAGAGAUAUGGCCCUGGACCCCCAUCUGAUGACACUGAGAGACGUGUCCUCCUUAUUUGUAAAGUGACAGCAUUCACUCAGGAUGCCAUCAGUCUGACUACAGGAGAGGAACUCAAGUGUGGAGACCAGGUCAGAAGAGAGUUUGGGAAGUGGAAUGCCCACCUCGACCACUCAGAAAAAAACUUGAACAAGAGGAUUGAGAGAGAGGUGGAGGAAUAUGAAGAGAAGUACCGUGGAAGAGAACUGCUGGGCUUCAUCAACUACAAGACCUUUGAGGUCAUGAUUAAGGAGCGGAUCAAACACCUGGAAGAACCAGCUGUCUUGAGACUUAAGGACAUACAAGAUGUUGUUAGAAAGGUGUUCAUACAGCUGGCCCACAGUAGCUUCAUUGGAUUUCCUAAACUCAUUAAAACAGCCGAGGCAAAGAUCGAAGCCAUAAUGAAACAAAAAGAGUCCACUGCUGAAGCCAUGCUGAGAACCCAGUUCAAGAUGGAGUUGUUUGCUUCCUCUCAGGACUGGACAUACAGCAGCAGUUUGAGUGAGCGAAAGAGAGAGGAGGAAGAGAAGGAAGACAAAUGCAAAGGCACAAACUUUCAUAAAGAAAGCAGUAUUGUGUACAGCAUGGAUAAUCAUGCAACACUUCAGGAGCUGAUGUUGCACUUUAAAUCAUACUACAAAUUUGUCAGCCAGCAUCUGGCUCAUCAGAUCCCGCUGCUGAUCCGCUACCACAUCUUGCAGGAGUCUGCCAUCCAGCUGCAGAGUGAGAUGUUGCAGAUGCUUCAGGAAAAACUGAAAUUGGAGUUGAUUCUGAGUGAGGAUUGUGACCUUCGCAGGAAGAGGGUGGCUUUACAGAGUCGCCUCAAACGCCUCAUGAUGGCCCGCAGAUACCUGGUGGAGUUCUAGAGGAGGUCAUGCCCAACAGCAUGAUUUUGUUUUUCAGCUUGUCACAUACAUUUAUGGUUGGGAGGUAGGUAUAUUAUUUGUCACAUUGGGUAUUAAGUGUAGAAUCGUCAUUUUCUAUACAACUCGUCAUAUUAGAACAUGCUCUGAAAACAAAGGAGUUACUAAUGCACCAUUUUAUGAUUUGGCCUGAACACGUACCUUAACAUUUAGACGAUCAGAGCAUGGUGUCUAAGAGUGAGUGCAUUAUGAUUGUUAGAUUUAUCUAGCAUUCUCUCUGUUGUUGUGAUGUUUCAAAUCGAUUAUGUUGACACCAAAAAUUAAGAGAGAGUUGCAAAUACUAUUUAAACAAGCUGUGUCUUGAUAAGAAUAUAGUACGUUUAUUUGAUAUAGCACCUUUCACAGACAGUCACAAAGUUUCACAUGAUACGGUUGUUAAAAUAACAAUGGAAUAAAAAUUUAAAAGACUUAAAAACACAAUUACAAAUCUGAGCCAAAAGCCAGUUUAAAAAAGUUAGUCUUUAGCCAUUUUUUAAAAGCGGGUGGGUGAAAUAAUACAAUAAUGAGGAAAAUAUUAACAUUCUCUAAUGUGUGAACAUAGCAGAGCUGCUGUCGGACAGACAGCUUCAUUUUUAGGGGGGCCCCAGGUAGACGCUCUAGAAACAGCAGCUUCACUUUGAUUAUUUCUGAUGCUAAAGGUUUAGCUCUGUUUCCUCUGUCAAUUGACAAACAUCAGUUUAUAACUACAGUUAUUAUUGCUGCUUAAAUGUCACACCAAUUGUAUGGAAACAUUUAGCCUACUGAAAGCAGCCUCUCUAAUCAUUAAAGUAAAUGAAAACACUCUACAAUAUAUUAUUUAAAAAGCAAUGUUGCCUACAGCAAUUGGUACAGAGGCCGUUAAACGUUAAUGUGUGUCUCUAAAACGAAGAAACAAAAAGUCAGAGGGCCUCUGGACACAGAGCCAGACUCUAACAAAUGCAUGUUUAUGUUCAGGAACAAAAGGUUCCAAUUUCUAAAAAAGCCUACUUUGUAAUUGCCCUUUUGACUCAUUAAAAAGAUGAUUAUCCAGGAAUGUGAUGCAUUAUAUGACCAUGCAUCGAGGUUAAUAUACACAGGUGGCACAGUGGUUAGCACUUGUCACACAGCAAGAAUAUGUGUGAAGUUUAUUUAUGUUCCCAUGUAUAAAUGAUUUGAGGAAAAAAAAAAAAUUUUAUGGUGUGCAAAUUGUGUUCCUAAGGCUGGAACUAAAGCUUGAUUAUAAAAUGAUGGUCCCCGGGAUCUAGACCCUCAAAGGGGCCCGAAGGCUCCAGGUUCCCCAUGUGGUAAUUUGUUUGUGGUAAUUUUUAUCAUGUGCUUGGGUGAUGCACAUAAGCACAUGGGACUACAGAUGAAAAUUAGCUGUAAGAUAACUCUUAACAAAACAACACAUGCAAUUAGGGCUAGGCAACAUAUCAAUAUUAUAUCAACAUUGAUAUAUGAGGCUAGAUAUAUAGUCAUUAUAUCCACAUUUUUGGUGAUUGUGUGAAUGCUGCUCAGCAUUCACAGUAUUGUUAUCAGAUUCCUUAUUCUUCAACAUUCUUUGGUCGCCCCUAACUUCUGCAUAUUUUCAGCUACAAAAAACAUUCAAAUAUCAAAAUGUCUGCUAUUUAUACUUUUUAAAUCAAGCUUUUUCAAUUUUUAUUUUGCAUUAAAGUCAAUGGAGCAAUCUGCAAAUUAAAAAUGCUACUCCUCCUACAUACUUUCACCUACAGACAUUCAAACUUUAAACUGUUCACAAAACCUUUAACUAUUACAGUUGUAUUCAGCUUCAUGAUAUCUUGUACAGUUUUUGUGGUAUCACUGUUUAAGUUUAGUGUUUCAGGCUUUUUCUGUGUUUUAUAAUGGAGUGAGUAUUGCAAUACUUAGAGUGGGAAGCCUUGGAAAAUCGUCUUAAAACCUCUAUAACUUGCUCUCACGCCUACAACAUUACUUGUCAUAGAUACUUUAUGUACAAUAAUGUAGCUAUUAUUGUCCUUUUUCAGCCAAUGCGCUCAUUUAAGCAAAAAUAAAACCAAAAACAUUUUUUAAAACUGAUAAGAGUACUUUUUAACUUUAUCUACACAAAUAACAUGUCUACAGCUUUAACAAAGUCUUAGGAAGCUCAAAGUGAAGAAAUUUCAGGAAUACUUUACGGUUGACUGGGAAGCACAGAAACCAGCAGUGUGCUGCCAAUCAUUCUGAGAUUCUUUCUCUCCCAGGUGUCACUUUGCUAUCACUCACAUCACACUACAUUAUGAACCACCCAGACCGUCCCGUCCCCAUAGUCAGACCUAAACAUGGGGAACAGAGUUCAGUUUUUAUGCCCCACAUAUCUAGAACAAAUUCCCAGAAAA